GAGGGGCCGCAUCUCGCAGCAGCUGCCCUGGCCGGGCAUGGUGUUGGGCACCGGGCCCGCCUCGCCUGUCUCGGGGAGCCCAGGGUAAAGGCAGCAGUAAUGCUAACGCUAGCAAGCAAACUGAAGCAUGAUGAUGGUCUCAAAGGGUCCCGGACGGCAGCCACAGCGUCAGACUCCACUAGGAGGGUUUCUGUGAGAGACAAAUUGCUUGUUAAAGAGGUUGCAGAACUUGAUGCUAAUUUACCUUGUACAUGUAAAGUGCAUUUUCCUGAUCCAAACAAGCUUCAUUGUUUUCAGCUAACAGUAACCCCAGAUGAGGGUUACUACCAGGGUGGAAAAUUUCAGUUUGAAACUGAAGUUCCCGAUGCAUACAACGUGGUGCCUCCCAAAGUGAAAUGCCUGACCAAGAUCUGGCACCCCAACAUCACAGAGACAGGGGAAAUAUGUCUGAGUUUACUGAGAGAACAUUCAAUUGACCUCACUGGCUGGGCUCCCACAAGAACAUUAAAGGAUGUUGUUUGGGGAUUAAACUCUUUGUUUACUGAUCUUUUGAAUUUUGAUGAUCCACUGAAUAUUGAAGCUGCAGAACAUCAUUUGCAGGACAAGGAAGACUUCGGGAAUAAAGUGGAUGGCUACAUCAAGCGUUAUGCCAGAUGAUAAAAGGGGACGACUGCAGGCCCAUGGACUGUGUUACAGUUUGUCUCUCAUGUGAAACAGCAGGAGGCAGCCCCCUCUCCCGUCCUCACGCUCCCUCUCAGUCCCCUGGAUUGCCCCAGUCCUGUGACCAUGUUGCCCUGAAGAAGACCAUCUUCAUGACUGCGCAUUGUAGAUGGAGAAUUCAACAUAAAUACAGCAAGAAAAUGUGUUUGGGCUUCUGAAGAGUUGUCUGCUUACCUUAACAUGUUUACUUUUUUGAACUUGUACUGUAUAGGCUAUUGGUGAAAUUCUUAAGAAGUUGUAAUGAACUCAAAAUUGAGGCCAGAGCUUGCUUUCCCUUUUCCCCAACAAAAUUGGUUUUCUGCACAAGUGAUGCUAAUGAUGUGUUCCAUGUAACUUGCAGAUUGGCAAUAAGAUACCCACUACAAACUGUGAUUGGAUGCAAAAUCUCUUAGCUUCUUUCAUGAAUGUUGGCCCUGCCUAGAUGUUGUGAAGCUUCCCAGAAUGCAUAGUCAUUCACUGUAGAUCUCUUAUUGAAAUGCAUAUUUUAUUUAAUGUAAGUAUAUUUUGGAACAGA